AUGGACAUCUACAGAUAUGAAACCUGCACUACAAGAGAAACCUGCGGCCAGGUGCCAGAUUCUACCUCGCAGUUCCUACAAUGUGUGGGACUGCCAUCGACAGAUACAGGGAGAGACCACAUGCGGAGGCUGAAAGGAAUGCUUGAAGCGACAAUGGAUUUGUACACAUUCAUGAGGUCCAGCAUGACGGGAGUGCCACUUCUCAGCCUGCAGGGGGCUCUGGCUUUAAACCCUGGAGCAGACCCUCUCCAGAACGAAGCCCUGGUCCAGAUGUGGAUGGAGGUGAAGAUAAAACCGUUGUUGAAAUCUAUCACCAAACACUUCCUGUCCUGCCUCAGCACCAAGAACUUCAGCUGCUCCACCUACCAGACUGUGGUGAGGGAGCUCAGUUACCAUUAUUCUGAGAUGAAUCCAGUCACACAAAAGUGGAUCUACACAUUCUUUAUGUACCCAUUUCUGUCUGGAGACCGAGUAGAUGGUUGUGUGAGCCAAGAGGAGAGCAGUGAGGAGUGGUUAAUGAAGAAUUUUGGGGCCUUCAGAGCCAUGGCCCAAAUGGACGACCUUUCAACACUCAACAUGGCCUUCAGUGGAUUGGAGGUUCUUAACCUGCUGUCUCCAGCGCAGAAGGCCAAGCUGCUGAUGAGUCCUGGGGUCGCAGGUUUAGACAACGACACCCUCACCCUAAUCUUUCACGGUUUGUUGACAGGGGACUCUGGCCCUUCCCCCACCAACAUCUCUGGAGGGGGCCAAUCCUGGACAAGCCCUGCUUAUCCUCCUGCCUAUACGCCACAGCCCAUGUAUAACCCAUACCCACCACCAUCCCCGCACAACAAGCUCAGAGAGGUUGUAAAUGGGUUCAUGACGGCUUUCAGACCCAUUGGGAGCUUUGUUCAUGACUUUGUGUCUUUCACAAAAGAGAGGAAUGAAAUAAAAAGCAGCACUCUGACCCAGUUCCUGCUCAACUGGACUCUAGCUGAGCUGGCAGACAUGUACCGGCCACAAACAACACCUGUAGUUCCAGAGACGCCACAGUUUGACGUGACAAAUGUGGAGGACUGGUACCAGCAGGUCGUGUUGCCCAUAUUACAGAGUUUCUUGCCAAAUGGCGAGGCCCUGAUGCAUCAAAACAUCACACUUGCCUUCCACCAGCUGUUCUAUCUGAACCAUAGUAUGGACAAUGAAACCUCUGAAACCAUGGAUGUCUGUAGCAUCACUCUUGAUAAGAGCCCUUGUGGGCUGACAGACGCAGUGGAAAAUGUUGCUUAUGUUUUGCACUGUGCUGCUCUUACUAACUUCACAUUGUCCGAGGCGACGAUCAUCAGAUUGAUUGUGGAGCUGACAGAACGUCUGAACUCACUGAUCAAAGAGUUGUCCACUGGAAACUUCAGUGAGGUGGUGUCCGACUUUAAGCAGAUCUUUGGUGAGGCAGACUCUCCGUCUCUGACCCAGCAACAUCUGGAGGACCCGAACUUCAUCAAGCUCUGGUUUCAGAUCAAACUGAUGCCCCUCUUGCCUGACAUACCUACAGACCUCCUGUCCUGCCUCAGCACCAAGAACUUCUCCUGUCCAGUAUACCAAACCAUUGUGGCAGCUCUCAGCAAACAGAUGAAUUUUAUGGAUGCUGAUCCAAUUUACAGUCGUAACAUCUAUGAGUACUUCAUCUAUCCUUUCCUGCUGCAUCACAACACCUCUGACCCCCAGUGUUUCUCCUCAGCCAAUCACAGUGCAAAAUGGCUGACAUACAACUUUGGUUUCUUCUCAAGAUUUGCCUCCAUUAUUGACUUCUACAACCUCAACCCAAACUUCUCUGGACUGGAUGUUCUUUACAUCUUGACUCCAAAACAGAUAGCAGAGAUGCUUCUGUUGCCUCUUCCUACUCCACCUGAGAAAGACGUUGUUAUCGACCAAGUGUUUGACUUCCUAUUGGAGUCCCCUGAAGACUGGAAACUUCUGGAGGUCCUGUACGCGCUGGUCCAGCUCGCUCCAGAGGUCAAUCCACCCUGUGGCGUCUACAAACACAUUUUUCAAAGAUUGUACGGAGCUAUACAAUUUCUGCCACCAGACGUAGAGCCUGUCAUCUGGGAUGUCAUAGAUAACUUGAUGAACAUCGCUCCAGGGGAGUGUGUGCCUGAGAACAUCACGUGCCCAGUCACCCAGUACAAUGGUACUAACAUCUGCAGAGGAACUGACAGCUCUGACCUGAACUCUUACUUGAACACAUAUAUGAACGUUACCUGCAAUUUUACCUUGGAGACAUAUGCAUGUGCACAGCUGAAGAACUUCACAGCCAAUCAGCUGGUGUCUCUUCUGAAGUGUAAUCUACCUGGAAACAGCAGCUACUCCAAUGUGCUGUGGAAGAUGCUGCUGACUAAGCUAUCCUUUAUCUUGGACCCAGCUCUGGACAUCCUAGCUAACACACCCUCGACCAUGCUUCCAUCAGCAUCAGAGGUUUUGGAUGUGAUUGGAGAAAUGAGAGUGUCGAUACUGACUAAUGAGCAGCUGAUGAACAGCAGUGUCAUCAGAGAGUGGUUCUUGGGCCGUCUGAGUGUGUUCCUCCCGUCUGCAUCAUUAAGGUUCCUGGACUGUCUGAGCCGCAGGAAUCUCAGCUGUCAGUCAUACCAGCAAAUGUAA